AUGUACCUUUCCAACAGGGCUCUCCCCGCUGCAACACCGGCCACGGCCGCCGCAACCCCUACUUUUACACCGCCCGCUGCCUGGCGCGACGAGCUCACCGGGCAAGUCUUUAACGCGUCUCCCGACGACCUCAAUGGCACCAGCGCCGCUCUGGCCGGCGACAGCGGCCUCGGCCCUCUCCGCUUGCUGAUCCCCAUCACGGUGGCCGGCUGGGUGAUGUUUGGCGCGGGCUGCAUCCUGUGCAUCAACGGCCGCGGCCGCGCGGGACGGUGGGUGCCCGAGUGGUACCUGGACUCGGCGGGCACGCGCCGCGACAAGGCGCUGGUGGCGUCCUGGUGGCUGGCGGUGCUGCUCUUUUGGCCGGUCAUCUUGCUCGGAUUGCUGGUGAGCAAGGUGGUCCGCAGGGUGGCCAAGGUGGUGGCCAAAAGGAGAGACCGCAAGAGGACCGAGGACACGGACGAGGACAGCAUCAAGAGCGCAGGCGAAGGUCGCGUGACUGUUUGA